AUGAACUCUACCUUGACUGUUGCACUGCUUUUGGUGGCUGUUUGCGGGAUUUUGGCCCAGAAGAACAUCAUGAAGCAGGCCGUCGGCCCUUGCAUUGAUGAUGCUUGCCCAAUGCCAGCCCACACUUGCUAUUAUGGACAGUGCGUCCCAACCAGCCUCAAGGUCAAGAUGCAGCUCCCCAAGAAGGCUGAAGCCAUCGGCCCGUGCCUCAACGGACUCUGCCCCACCCCGAAGAGCUACUGCUACAAGAGCGAAUGCUACCCGGAGCCCAAGAACCUCUACGAC